AUGUUUUGCGCCUCUUGCGGACAGGAAGGCCACGGCCGCUUCUGCUCCAACUGCGGCACGGGGCUUGGCGAAAAGAUCCUACUCUUAGCUUCCGCCGGUCCUGUGCACUGGACUCAACAAACCAACUAUGAAGCCCUCAUGGAGUGCCUUGAGGUCAAGCAUAAACUCGCCCAUCAGGUCAUGAGAGACAAGAGGCUCACCGAGGAGGAGCUGCUUCGCCAUGCACCCAAAGUGGUCACGACUAUGUACUCGUACGACCAAUCCUUCAGUGCCAUGCUGAACAUGAAGACGGGCAAGUCCGAUGCCCGAACAUUUGCAAAGCCUUGUGGCUCCAUCAUCGUCGCUACCAUGUGUUACCUUACAUGGGCUCGGUUCGAAGUCACCACCGUCCGUCAGGGUAUCGACCUCGUGGCCCUCUCCUGCAAAAUCACGUCUGAUGCUUGGGCUCCCGAGGGUGAACUGAACAUUGUCAUCUCGAAGAUAGAGGAGGAAUUGACCCGAAUCGAGGUCAAGACGCAUUUUCCUGGCAUCAUCAUCGAUUGGGGUAGAAGAAAGAGGAUUUUGACGAAGCUGUUUGCCUUUUGUGAAGAAGCACAGAUGGAAUGA